AUGGGCGACUCACAAGAAGAAACUCCCCUGGAGGUCGAAGCUGGCGCCUUCGUCCCGCCGUCCAUCCACGGCGAGCCACUGCUCGUCGGCCAGUCCUAUUCGCACUUUUCUCCCGUACCGCCGUCUCUCCUCCCGCAAGAUCCCUCGAACCCCGCCUCCGCAACUCCGUGCUGCCUCGGCGUCGACGAAGCCGGUCGCGGCCCCGUCCUCGGCCCCAUGGUCUACGGCGUCUUCUACCUACCAAUCGCACAAUCCGACCCUCUCCUGCGCUCGGCGCACCACUUUGACGACUCCAAGGUGCUCACAGCCGCGGUGCGCGCGUCGCUCAUGGAAGCGCUCUGCCGGCCCGGCUCCGACCUCCACGACAGCUGCGGCUGGGCGACGACGGCGCUCUCGGCGCGCGACAUUGGCGCCAACAUGCUGAAGCCCGUCGGCGUCUACAACCUCAACGCGCAGGCCAUGGACGCCACCGUCGACCUCAUCAAGGGCGUCUACGCGCGCGGCGUCAACGUCCAGGAAAUCUACGUCGACACCAUCGGCCCGCCCGCCACGUACCAGGCCAAGCUGCAGCGCAUCUUCCCCACCGCAAAGGUCACGGUCGCGAAAAAGGCCGACAGCCUGUACGCGUGCGUCAGCGCCGCCUCGGUCUGCGCCAAGGUCACCCGUGACGUGGCUCUCGAGGCAGUGUACCGAGACCGCAAGGAUCAUCCUGCGGAUCACGAGGAAAUCGACGACGACGACACGGCCAUGGCCUGGGGCUCCGGCUACCCCUCCGACGCACGCUGCACGGCCUGGAUGCGCAGUAAUCUGCACCCAGUGUUUGGAUGGGGGCCCGAGUGCCGAUUUAGCUGGAGCACGGCCAAGGAUAUGCUCGAGGCCAAGGGCAACGGUGUCAAGGUUGAGUGGCCGGUGGAGGACGACGGCGAGACGAGUCGCGUGACCGACUUCUUCGUUUCGGGCGACAAGGACACGAAUGAGCUCGGACAUUGGUUUGGUACGCCAGCCGGUUUAGAAGCGUUCUAA